AUGGCGCCGAAGCUAGACAUUAUCGUGUUGGGUGCCACAGGCUUUACCGGGCGGCUCACAUGUCGCUACCUCGCGCGAAAGGCGGAGCUGAAAGGGCGCUGGGGUAUCGCUGGUCGCAGCGAGGCCAAGUUGGCGGCUCUCAAGGCAGAACUGGAUAUCAAUGUGCCCACGUUUAUAGUGGACGCCGACCAGCCGGCAACUGUGGAUGCAGCGUGCGCGCAGACGACGUGCGUGAUUGCGUGCAUGGGUCCCUUCACGCUGGUUGGCAUGCCCGUGGUUGAUGCGUGCGUGCGCAACGGUACCCACUACAUCGACUGCACUGGCGAAACCCCGUUUGUGCGCCGCGCGAUCGCCGAAUACCACGAGACGGCGGCGAAAAAGGGCGUUGCGAUCGUGCCAUGUUGCGGCUUCGACUGCGUACCGGCGGACCUCGGAAACUACCUUGUUCACCGCGAGGCUGGGGAGCCGGUGACAGUGGUGCGUGGUUACUUUGAAGGCACUCCUGCUGGUGUAUCGAACGGCACGAUGAACUCGGUCGGGUGCGUGCUAGACAGCAUGACAAAGGAGGAUAUGAGCCCCCUGGCGUUGGUGUCGAAGUCCGACAUGCAGCCAGCAUGUACGCCCACGCGCUACGGCGUCUGGUACGAAAACGGCCGCUUCACCGGCUUAUUCGUCACUGCCUCGUGUGAUGAGAAACUGGUGCGCCGCACCAACAGCCUCAUGGGCUCCUCGGCCGCGUACGUGGAGGCCAUGCAAGGCUCUUUUGCUCGUGUGAUGCGCCUCACGGUUUCGACCUACGUAGCGGCUAUGGGGGGAAUGAUUGCGCCCCUGCGCCGCUGGAUGCUCCGCAAGUACUUCACCGGCACCAGCAUUGGUCCGUCCGACGAGACCAUGGCCAAAUCCAGCUUUCGCUGUGACUUUGUGGGCAGGACGGCGUCUGGCAAGCGCGUUGAGACGACGCUGUUGGCCAAGGAAGACGCCUACACCGCCACGGCGCUGUUCCUUGGCGAGUGUGCCAUGAGUGUGCUGAAGUUGGCGGGCAAGCAGUCGCUCAAGGGCGGUGUCCUGACGCCAGCCUACGCCUUUGGCGAUGCACUAGUGCAUCGCUGCCGGGAUGCAGGGAUCAGCAUCAACACAGUGAUCAUCGAUUGCGCCGCAGAUCCGAAGGAAGCGCAGUAG